GUUAGAGUCAUAUUAUACUUGAGCGCCAUUAUUUUAUUCUGCUGCAUCGAUGCAUAACUAUUAAUCGAGAUUCCUUUCGAUACAUUACAAGAAUCGAUAGCAUUUAAAGUGUGAAUCAGUGAUAAUGCCAAACAAAAGAUAUUAUUAAUUUACAAAAUAAAAAUUUCCUUAUCAUUGUAUUAAAUUAAUUUCACCGCAGUAGAGCAAAAGCACGCACAAUAUUCUAUCAGCUACUGUUAUUAAUAAAAUAUAAAACCAUAGAAUCAGAGAACUGAUGUGUCAAAUAAUAAGAACAUGUUUUCCGAUAAAAAUAAGCAAAAGUUGUUACUUUCGCUCGUAUUUAUAAGACGAGAAUUUUAGUAUGCAAUUCGUUUAAUUUAGCUUGCGUGUAACUGCAAGAACAAUGGAAAACGCGGCAGCUUCGAUUCUAAAGCGAGCGGUAGAGAUGGAUAAUAACAAACAGUAUACAAUGGCUUUAGUAUUGUAUCAAGAAGGUGUACAAAUACUUCUUGAUUCCAGGAAAGAAACAAAGGAUGAAACUAGACAGAAGUAUUUCUGUGCCAAAGCGUCGGAAUACUUAGACCGGGCUGAGAAAAUAAAAAUUUUAAUUGAGACUCAAAAGGCUAGUGGAACUUAUAGAGAAUUAAUUAGAAUCGAAAAAGACAGCACAGGCCACGGUUAUAAUACUGUCUUCGGGAGAUUCUUAGAUGCAAAAGUUACCUACAUCGAUAUCGAAGAUCCUUAUAUAAGAGCAUUUUAUCAGUGCCAGAAUUUGCUGAGAUUCUGUGAAUUGGCUGUGAGGAAGUGUCCCGCAUUAUCGAAGAUAUCUUUAAUCACAACUAUAGAUUCGGACGAUAAGAAUAAUCAAAUAACGAGAUUAGAAGAAUUGAAAGAGAGUUUAUCGUCUCACCUCAUUUCCUUCGACGUGAAAUUCUCUGAUACUCUACACGACAGACAAAUAGUGCUUAGCAAUGGUUGGAUAAUUAAAAUAGGCCGUGGAUUGAAUUACUUCAAAGCGUCGAACGGAAAGUUCGUACUGGGUGCUUGUGAUCUUGAAUUGAGGCCGUGUUUAGAAACAACUAUAGACAUUUUCCACAAGAGUCAACUGACAAAGGAUAACACGUAGAGAGACAUAUUGGUUUUAUGUAUUCAUUAUAUCAAUCAGGGUUACAUAUAUGUAUUUUGUGCAUACUGUACGAUACCUGGGCUGUGGAAAGGUAUUUUUAUCUAUUUUUUACGGAUUUUUACACGAAAGAUUUUAAGAUUUUUUAUCUAAUUGUAUAAACACGUAAUAUAAAUAUUCCUUAAAUUUAGGUGUA